AUGCCGACAUGCUUACCUUUUUCCUUCCUAAAGCGAAGAAAGUCUCAAUCUCCAAAGGUCAAGAUCCCUCAAGGAUCGAUCGAACGCAAGCCAGGAGUGUCUAUAGUAGUUGAGAACGGCGAAAGGUCUCGUAAGACCGUUGUUGGAACACACAUCGCUUCCAGCAUCUUUGCCUUUACCUCCUUCGUCUUCGCCUUCGCCUUCGAGCUACUCGUCAUCUUCCUCGUAUGCCUCUUCAUCAGCUUCCUCCUCGGAGCUGUCUCCCUAUACUUCAGCUCAUCCAACGGGGCCUUCGCCAUCUCCUGGUGUCUCUCCUUUACACCCGUCAUCGCCUCCUACUCCCCCGCCAUUGUCAUCCUCUCCAGCCAGGCCGGAAAUUAG